AUGUAUUAUUUACAAUUAAACAAGCCAAAUCUUGUGGAAAAAUCAGGUAUUUUACAUAUUUAUUAUGCCAAUAAAACCUUCAAACAUUGGAAAAAGCGAUGGCUUCAUUUACAAGAUCAACAAUUGUCUAUAUAUCAAGAUUCACGUUAUAAACGUCUUGAAAAUACAAUUAAUAUUAAAAAUUUUCGUGUAUCGAUUACAAAUCCAAUUGAUUCAAUAUCACAUAAACGAUAUACUUUUAAAAUCUAUGAUCCAAAUUUAACAAAUGAAAAACCGAUUUACUUUUCAGCUAAUAAUAAACAAUUAAUGACACAAUGGAUUAAUGCUUUACGUCUUUCAGCUUCAAUUGCUAACGAUCUUCUUGUAGAACCUAAUUUUGCUACUGAUUUGCAUCCAAUUGAUACAGACAAUGAGUCAGAUUAUAAUGGCUCAAUGAAUAUUAAUAAUUCAAGAUCAUCGUAUAAAUCAUACAAACCAUUAAUGCCUAUUGCAACAACAACAACAACAACAACUUUGAAUGAUCAAAAUCGAUAUCUAGGUUCAUAUGAAGAGGAGGAGGAUGUUGAAGAUACUCGUUGGUAUCGUCCACGUUCAUCAUCGCCAUCGUAUCCAUUGAAUGUUAGUAAUGGUGUUAUUCAUCAACCAUCGUCAACAACAAUGGGUUCAUGGGGCUUUGAUGUUAAUCGUUCAACAAACGCACAGAUACCUUCAUCGUUUACAUCAAACAAUAAUGAUGACAACAAUGAUCACCGUACAAUUACGAGGACACCAAGACGAUUAGAUGAGCCGAUAGAAGAUUUUAACGAACGUCUUGUAAAUAGAUCAUCUCCUCCUCUUCAACGUUUUAAAUUACGUACACCUACAUUGACUAGACAUCGUGACGGAAACGAAUUUACUGUUGUCGAUCGUCUUGUUCUUGGACCAAGUCGUACUAUACAAUCUGAUUAUUAUCCAUCUGAUGAAUCACCUGGUCAACAAUAUAUGCCACCAUCAACUCGAUCUCGACAAUCAUCAACACGAUCAAUAUUACGUCGACGAUCAAAAUCCAUUGGUGAUUUUACUGGACCAACAAUUAAUACAUCUUCUCCUUCUCUUCCUCCUCCUCAUCUUACACAAUCUUAUCAUCAAUAUCAAUACCAUGAACGACCUCGAACAAGUCCAAAUACUCAUCAUCGAACAUAUACAGAACAAGAAUUGAUGGCUUGGCAAAAUCGUAUGUUGGAAAGAGAUCAUCGUAUUGGAAAUAGUCUGAUAACUCGUCCACCUUUAUCGAAUACUGGUUGGGUUCAAUCACCGCGAAUGAAUAGUAAACGAGGCGGAUUCAAUACUUCUCAAUCACCAAAUCGUCAAAUGCCUGUAUCAACUCGACCAAUAUCUGCUAUGUCAAAUAUGAGCGGUAGUCAACGUUUUGAACAUGAUAAUUGUGAAACAAUAAUGAAAUUAUCAAAAGUUAUUAAAAGAUAUAUUGAAUUACUGUAUCAUUUACAAACAUUUUAUGAAAGAAUUACCGAUCAAUUAUAUGGUGGAAAUGUGUGUUUAAGACACAAUUCAUCAUCACAACAAUCCGUAUUUAUUCAUCACUGUCGAAAAAUUGCUGAACAAUUGCAACGUUCAAAACCAAGAUGGGAUCGAAAAAUUGUUGAUCUUCAACAUUUACUUAAAGAUAUUUCUUCUUAUGAAUGGUCAAUAGUAAAAAGUGAGACAACAUUUCUACAACGUCGUUCAACGUUAAUUAAUUUAAUUGAAACAUUAAACUCACGUAAAGAUCUUAAUGAUACUCAAUUAUCUAUUCUCAAUGAUAUUGACCGUGUAUUACUCGAAGAUAAAUUAGCUAUUCAACUUCAAGAUGAAUUAUCAACAUUACUUCAACAUCAAUCAUUAUUACAUGAUUUUACAUCAUUACUUCAAUGGAAUCGUCAAAUAUAUUCGUCGAAUGAACAAAAUCGAGUAGAAAAUGUACUACCAUUAUUACGUGAACAAAUAACUACAACUGAUGGUUAUGUAUCACAUGUUAGCCAACAAUUAACAGAAUUAGUAACAAAUUUACGUUCAUUAGAAAAAUAUAUAUUAUCAUAUAUGAAUUCAAUUCCAUUAAUUGACGAUGGCAUAGUACUACCAUCAAAUCGUAAUAAUUGGCGUCCAUAUAAUGAAACUGAUAUUGAUGCAAUGAAAACAAAACAUCAAUUUGAACGAACAAAAGAUGAAUAUCAACAUUCAUCACGUUACCAAUCACGUCCGUUAAGUGUGCAUACACCUACAAAUCAACAGUAUCAAAGAAGUACUAGUCCGACUUAUCGUAAUUCUAAUUGUGUAGUUGAAAAUCAUGAGUGGCAUCGUCGAAGUCCAAGUCCAACAAGUACAUAUAAAUAUUCAUCAAACAUACGUAUAAAAAAAAAAGAAAUAACAUUUUUAGAAACAAGAUCUAUAUCAAUGACUCGUUAUACAGAUUCAUCAGAACCAGUUCGUGGUCCAUCAACAGAUAAUUUUGAUCAUGAUGGAUUACGAACAUCAACAAAAUGGUCAUCAAAUAGAAAUCAUAGCCAAUUAAAUAUAAAUAAUAGUAAUAAUAAUACAACAGCAGCAACAACACGUAUUGCAACAGUAAAAUCUGUUAAACGUGAAAAUGGAAUUAUACCAAAUAGUAUCCUUAAACCAUAUCCACAUACACGUACAACACUUGAAACAAAAAAAGAUUUUGAUAUUGAUACAAUUGAUAAAGAAAUAUUUAAGCCAGAUAAAGUUGAUAUACCUGAUCGAUUAAUUGAUUUUGAUAAUGAUGAUCAAAUGUUAACACCAAAUGAACGUUUAGCAAAAAUGAAGAAAAAAGAAGAAGUACGAAAAAUGCUUUCAAAACAAAGUAUGCCAGACAUUAAUGAACUUGAUUUUAAUGAUGGAGAUGUUCAUUCAUCUUAUUAUCAACGACGACUAGAAAAAGAACGUGAAAAAGCUCUUAAUUUACAAUCAGCACUUGCUGAAGAAGCAAAAGAAAAAAGUCGUCAAGUUGCAGCAAAACAUUAUCUAAAUAAAUCAUAUCAACAACAAACAUCUCGUCGAAAUUCAUAG